CCUCUCCCGAGCCCUCCGGGAGGCGCGUUGUCACGGAGACCGGCGCCGGUGCCGGCCCGCCGCGCUGCCCCGGCUCUCCCCCGGCCCGCUCCGCGGCUCCCCCCGGCCCCGCUCCCCGCCGCGGGGUGGUGGCUGCGCUUGGCCAUGAGUUUACCGCAGAAGGCGGCUUUGAAACCCGGCGCGGCGGCGGCGGCGGGGACCGGCCCCGGGAGCGGGGCGGCGGCGGGGCCGCCUCCCCCCCCGGCUCCCCCUCACCCGGCGCCGGCGCCUCACCCCAACAUCAGGGCCUUGCCGCCACAGCCGCCCCAGCAAAUCCCCCGAGGUCCUGUCCAGCAGCCCCUGGAGGAUCGGAUCUUCACUCCGACCGUCUCGGCUGUGUACAGCACUUUUAUCUCCACACAGGUAACACAAGUAGCAAGACAACCGGGUCCUCCUGCCCCAUCCCCUUACACUGCACAUGAAAUAAAUAAGGGACACCCAAAUCUUGCUGCAACGCCACCGGGACAUGCAUCGUCCCCUGGGCUCUCACAGGCUCCUUAUCCCUCAGGACAGAAUGCAGCUCCCACCACGCUGGUGUACCCUCAAGCCCCUCAAACAAUGAACACGCAGCCUCAGACCCGCUCGCCGUUUGCAGCGGGGCCUCGACCUGCCCAUCACCAGUUUUUUCAGAGGCCUCAGAUCCAGCCUCCAAGAGCCACCAUCCAGAACAGCAGCCCCUCCAUCCGUCCCGGAGCGCAGACCCCGACUGCCGUGUACCAAACCAACCAGCACAUCAUGAUGGUGAACCACCUGCCAAUGCCCUACCCGAUGCCUCAGGGCCCCCAGUACUGUAUCCCACAGUAUCGUCACAGUGGCCCCCCGUACGUCGGGCCACCGCAGCAAUAUCCUGUGCAGCCACCGGGACCAGGACCCUUCUAUCCAGGCCCAGGUCCUGGAGAGUUCCCCAAUGCCUACGGAACACCCUUCUACCCCAGCCAGCCCGUGUACCAGUCUGCACCCAUCAUUGUGCCUACGCAGCAGCAGCAGCCGCCGCCUGCCAAGAGAGAGAAGAAAACGAUCCGAAUCCGGGAUCCAAACCAGGGAGGCAAAGACAUAACAGAAGAAAUCAUGUCUGGAGGGGGCAGCAGGAACCCCACCCCCCCCAUCGUCAGACCCACCUCCACCCCGACUCCACCUCAGCAGGUGCCCAGCCAGGUCCCCGAGCCCGUUCCCCCGGCGUUGGGAGCCCUGGAGAGCUCCCACCCCUCCGGCAGCGCCGCCGGCACCGCGGCCCCCGCCUCCAGACAAGAAGAGAAGCCAAAACCAGAUCCAGUAUUAAAACCACCUUCUCCAGUCCUCAGACCAGAACCUGCUGGGGAGAAGAAAGAUCAAGCUGGGCAGACGACCGAGGCCUCCCCCUCAGUGGAAACCCCAGCAGAAGUUCCUCGUGCUCCGUCGCCGGCCCCGGCCGCUCCGGUCGCCGCGGCUGCCGCCGCUGUCACCGCGUCCAGCAGAGCCCCGCCCGCGGCUGACCCGGAGGACAAAUGUGAACUGGCCUUCCCCAGAGAGGAGGCAAUGCCUACCCCCAGUGCCACAGCCUGCCCGGAGCCAGCGGCCCCUCCUGCUGCGGAAGAGCCCGGUGCCGAGGCGUGCACAGAGCCCAGCAGUGCAGUAGCAUCCCCCGGUGACGCCCCGGUGGCGCUGCCGCCUGUGCCCGCUGUCACCAGCGACACGGGCAGCGCCGGGGCCGCGGCCGAGCCCGGGGCAGAGGCGGCCCAGGCGGAAGCUGCAGCGUUGACUGUGGAGGUGGAGCCCACCGAGGCCCCCCCAGCGGAGGUGGAGAGCGCUCCAUCACCUCCCAGUGCUCCUCUCGCUGCUGCCUCUCCUCCUCCCACCCCGCCGCCCACCCCGCCGCCCAGGGCAGCCACAGCUGCUCUUCCCCUGAGCCUGAAGAUGCACAAUGUUUACAUUGCAGCCCAAACCGCUGUACCUGCACCAAAGACCUGGAAGAAACCAAAAGACCGGACCCAAGCCACUGAGGAGGUGACAGAGGCAGAAACAGAGCUGAAGGAGGAGGAGGAACCUUCAGGGGACAAAGUACUUGAAUCUGAUCAGGAGAAAAUGAGCCAUGGGCUUCAGCCAGAGAGGGAACCCUCAGAGCUCAAAGCAGUGAAGAGCAUGGAGGAGAACGGGGAGCAGGAGGCAGAGCCGGUGCGGAACGGCGCCGAGAGCGUCUCGGAGGGCGAGGGCACCGACGGCACCUCCGGCUGCACGGAGAGCUCUGGGGAGGGCUCUGUGUACCAGUACAAACCAGAGCAGUGGAAGCCCCUGGACCCGGAGGGGAAGAAGCAGUACGACCGGGAAUUCCUGCUGGAUAUCCAGUUCAUGCCUGCCUGUAUCCAGAAGCCUGAGGGGCUGCCUCCCAUCAGCGACGUGGUGCUCGACAAGGUGAGAGGAGAGCCCAUAAAACAGGUCAGUCAGCCCAAGUUGCCGCUGAGGACUCUGGACCCCCGGAUCCUGCCACGAGGCCCCGACUUCACGCCAGCCUUUGCUGAUUUUGGGAGGCAAGCCCCUGGGGGAAGAAACGUGUCUGGAAGUGCCUGCAAAGUGCAGAGCACCCCUGGAUUGCCCUCCCUGGCUCGGUGCGGGCCCCCAUCAUGCCCUCUCUUGGUCUCGCCUCACCCACCAUUGAGGAACCUGCCGAUAGGGUUGUUGAAUGUUGGACCGAGGAGAUCUCAGCCAGGCCAGAGGAGGGAGCCCAGGAAGAUCAUCACUGUGUGUGUGAAGGAGGAUGUGCACCUGAAGAAGGCAGAGAACGCCUGGAAGCCGAGCCUGAAGAGGGAAAACCAAACAGAGGACCCAGAAAAUGUCAAAACCCAGGAGCUGUUCCGCAAGGUACGAAGCAUCUUGAACAAGCUGACGCCCCAGAUGUUCAACCAGCUGAUGAAGCAGGUGACAGACCUGACGGUGGACACGGAGGAGAGGCUGAAGGGAGUCAUCGACCUGGUCUUCGAGAAGGCCAUCGACGAGCCCAGCUUCUCCGUGGCCUACGCCAACAUGUGCCGCUGCCUGGUGACGCUGAAAGUGCCCAUGGCAGACAAACCUGGGAGCACAGUAAAUUUCCGUAAGUUGCUGUUAAAUCGCUGCCAGAAGGAAUUUGAAAAGGACAAGGCUGACGAUGAUGUCUUUGAAAAGAAGCAGAAAGAACUCGAAGCUGCCACCACUCCAGAGGAGAAGACACGGCUCCACGACGAGCUGGAAGAGGCCAAGGACAAAGCCCGGCGGAGAUCCAUCGGGAACAUCAAAUUCAUCGGCGAGCUUUUCAAGCUGAAGAUGCUGACAGAGGCCAUCAUGCACGACUGCGUGGUGAAGCUGCUGAAAAACCACGACGAGGAGUCCCUCGAGUGCCUUUGCCGCCUGCUCACAACCAUUGGCAAGGACCUGGACUUUGAGAAGGCAAAGCCCCGCAUGGACCAGUAUUUUAAUCAGAUGGAGAAGAUUGUGAAAGAGAGGAAAACCUCCUCAAGGAUUCGGUUCAUGCUUCAGGAUGUAAUAGACCUAAGGCUGUGCAACUGGGUGUCACGGAGAGCAGACCAGGGCCCCAAGACCAUCGAGCAGAUCCAUAAAGAAGCCAAGAUUGAAGAGCAGGAGGAACAGAGGAAGGUGCAACAACUCAUGACCAAAGACAAGAGGAGACCGGGUGUCCCGCGGGUGGACGAAGGCGGCUGGAACACUGUGCAGGGGGCAAAGAACAGCAGAGUGCUGGACCCCACCAAGUUCCUUAAAAUCACCAAGCCCACAAUAGAUGAGAAGAUUCAGCUCGUGCCUAAAGCCCAGUUGGGCAGCUGGGGGAAGGGCAGCAGUGGUGGAGCCAAGGCAAGCGAGAUGGGUAAGUCAGGAUGGACCCUCACCCUCGGCUUUGCUGCUGAAGAGCAGGUUUGGGGCAGUGAAGCCCUCGAGUCCCUUUCCUCACCUCUGAGCGGGUUUUUGUUUGGCAGUCGUGGGAGCACGGGCAGGGAGAAGAACGACAAACCUCUGCCACCUUCCCUGUCCCGGCCCAACACCUUCCUCCGGGGCAGCAGCAGCAAGGAGCUGCUGCUGGACAACCAGGCCCAGGAGGAGCAGCGCAGGGAGAUGCUGGAGACGGUGAAGCAGCUGACAGGGGCCAUGGAGAUGGACAGGAACAGCACCGAGGCCGAGAGGAACAAAGCCAAGGAACCUGCCAAGCCAGAAGUUCCCCCAGCUCCAGUGCAAGAAAAGCCUUCGCUAUCAGAAGAGGAAAUAGAGAGAAAAUGCAAAUCUAUCAUUGAUGAGUUCUUGCAUAUUAAUGAUUUUAAGGAGGCCAUGCAGUGCGUGGAGGAGCUGAGUGCCCAGAGCCUGCUGCCCGUGUUCGUGCGCGUGGGCGUGGAGUCCACGCUGGAGCGGAGUCAGAUCACCAGGGAUCACAUGGGCCAGUUGUUACAUCAGCUGGUGCACUCAGGAAAGCUGAGCAAGCAGGAUUUCUUCAAGGGUUUUUCUGAGACCCUGGAGAUGGCGGAUGACAUGGCCAUAGAUAUACCCCAUAUCUGGUUGUACCUGGCUGAGCUGGUGACCCCCAUGUUAAAAGAAGGAGGAAUCUCUAUGAGAGAACUUAUACAAGAAUUUAGCAAACCCUUGCUUCCUGUGGGAAGAGCCGGCGUCUUGCUUGCUGAAAUCUUGCACCUUCUAUGCAAACAAAUGAGCCAUAAGAAAGUGGGAGCCUUAUGGAGGGAGUCUGGCCUCAGUUGGAAGGACUACUUGCCCGAAGGGGAGGAUGUACAUACCUUUCUCAUGGAACAGAAGUUGGAGUUCACGGAGUCUGACUGUUCCAGUUCCUCAGAAGCACUUUCAGAGAAAGAACUGUCUGCAGAAGAGCUGAACAAGCAGCUGGAAAAACUCAUUGUUGAGGACAAGGCGAAUGAUGAACAAAUCUUUGAUUGGGUAGAGGCUAAUCUAGAUGAAAGCCAGAUGAGUUCACCUACAUUCCUUAGAGCUUUAAUGACAGCAGUUUGUAAAGCAGCUAUUAUAGCGGACUCUUCCAGCUUCCGAGUGGACACUGCUGUUAUCAAACAGAGAGUGCCCAUCUUACUCAAGUACCUGGACUCAGACACAGAGAAGGAACUACAAGCACUUUAUGCACUACAAGCAUCAAUAGUAAAACUUGAUCAACCUCCUAAUUUGUUGCGGAUGUUUUUUGAUUGCCUGUAUGACGAGGAGGUCAUUUCGGAGGAUGCCUUCUACAAGUGGGAAAGCAGCAAGGACCCGGCGGAGCAGAACGGCAAAGGAGUAGCGCUAAAAUCUGUCACGGCGUUCUUCACGUGGCUACGGGAGGCCGAAGAGGAGUCAGAGGAUAAUUAAAACUUAAAAUACAGAUUUAAAACAAACAAACAAAAAAGAAACAAUUUAAGUAUUUUUUUAAAAAGUUUCACGUCUUCGCCAAUCACAGUGCAGCAAGGCCAAUUCUCUCUCGCAGACCCCUUGCCCCACACACGCACGAGUGGGAGAGGUAAAACCCGAUAAACACCGAGGUGAUCAUGGAGGCAAAAAGGUACUUGAAAACAAACCCACAAAAGUAAACUUCAAACCUGAGGGCGGGAGCACUAAACCAAAAUACAUGUAUUAUUUAUAGAAAAUAUUUUCUGUUUUAAUCUUUUUCUUUUCUUUUUAAACAAGGACUCAUACUUAGGAAAACACACAGCAAAACAAAUCUGUUUAGCAAAAAGAAGUUGAAAACUUUUAAUUUAUUAUUUUAAGGACUGCAAAUGCCAGUGUAAUUUUUAAAUUUGCAGUUUCUGUAAACAAAUUGUAUAAUAGAACAAAAGCAGAGAAAUAAAUUUCCCUCCCCUUCAUACGCACCUCAGUUUUGUUUCAAAGCAUGAUAAAUCAACAAAACUUUGAAGGGGGUUGGGGUGAGCUAGAUGAGGACAAGAUCAAUUAUUUUUUUUUAUUAUCAUCAUAUUUUUCUGCCUGCCUCUCAGCUUGCUACAGAAAUUUAAAAAGAAAAUAGUAAUCAAACCAUACAUAACCUUGGAUCGGAAGAAAAAUGCAUUUGAGAAAACCGCUGCGGACCAGAGUGCUCCGAAAAUAACUCAUUGAAAACCGUGCUACCCCGGGGAAAAAAGUACUAGUGAUACUUUGAGAACCUUUAGAGCAACUUUAAGGCUUGUAAAUACAUAGAACAAAUAUUUAAAAAAAAAAAAAAAAAAAAAAAAAGAAAGAAAUUGAAUCAAUACUAUUUCUUUUCACUUUCAAAAUAUAAAGAACAAAAUAAAGACAAACAUUGCAAGUUUAAAAGAAAGUAAAACGACUUCUCCUUUGACAGCUGCUGAAUGUGUGCACCAUCCUGAGCGGUGCUGGCUUCCUUGGCAUGCCGUAGGUCCUCGGGCCCAAAUUGUGUACAUAUAGUGUGUGUCUGUAUGUGUGACUACCAAAAAUGAAGGGUGAGAGCAAUUGUUUAAAAAAAAGGAAAAAACAAAAAAAGGGGAUGCUGUUGUGCCGAGAAGCUCCCUGGCCAAGGAGCAGCCAGUGGCUGCGGGGCCGAGCGGGAGCAGUUGGUUCCCGAGGCUGGGACGUGACCUCAGGGCAGAUGGAGCCCGACCCCAGCCGGGUCUCUCCAGCCGUGUCUCUUGUGACUUGGAUCCGUGGGGACUUGUGACCCUGGCAGCUCCGGAGGCCGCAGCUGUGAGAGCCGAGAUCCGACAGCCCAGCGCCAGGAAGGGUGCAGGACGGAGGAGCGGCGCCGCCCGGCCCGCAGUGCCCGAGCACAGCCGGGGCACGGCCACAGCCGCGGGAGCCCUUCCCGUGCCCAGCGGGACCCGGGCUGCUGCUCCAGAGCCAGCUGCUGCUGAGGACGGGAAGGCCCUGGCGUGUCUCUGCAGCCACCCGAGAUGACCUGCUGGCUCUCACUGGAGAAGCACCUGCGUCAAGGACUCUGCAAAGCUGGGGAAGCCCUGAAAUGUGGUUUGUGAACUGUGGGCCAUGGACCGUGAGUAACCUGUGGAGCAUUUGCUGGGGGUGUCUGCAGCACUGACUGCUCACAUGAUGCUGUCUUUUUCUUUCCAGCUGCUAAAUCACUUCUUUAAAAAAAAAAAAAAAAAAACCACAACAACAAAAAAAAACAACAACAAAAAGAAACAAAAAAAAAAGGGAAGAAAGGCUACAAAUACAUUACUUUCCUAAUCUUACUUUUACAUGUGAACAAUUGCUGUACUUGCCUGAGGAUGUGAUUUGAUCACCACGGGGAAGGGAGGAGGUGCCUGGUUGUGGCCAGAGGGGAGAGGUCCAUGAGACACUUUCCCUGUUAACGUGUUCCACCCCGUGAAUCUGAGCUAGAGAAUCCAUGGCCUAAAACACUAGAGCAUUGUUUGGUUAUUUUUUUUUUUAGUAACAAUAAAACACUUUUCUCUGAUGUUUUGUUAAAAAAAAAGAAAAAAAAAGAAAAAAUA